AUGUCGUCUGUAAUUCCAAAAACAAUUGCAGCUCUUUUAUCCAUCGCUGAUAUCGAAAUCAUGAGUAUACUCUACUCACAUGCAGGAGGCGUGAAGAUGUUCUCAUCAAGAGUCACAAGCAGACAGAAAUGCGUGAUUGUCUGGGGCGGUUUGGCUAAUUUAUUAUUCAAGGACUGGCCGCAGUUUGUUAUCCAGAUUCUCUACAAAUCGUAUUCACCAACGUACACACUUAUACCACUUUUGACACUUGCGUCUUCUUCUCUAAUGUUGCUCGUCAAUCUGGCAACUCGUAUAUCAUACGCGCGCGAACUCUACAAAGCCCAGCAUGAAGUAAGAGAAGAAGAGAGCCCAGGACGGGAUGAAGGACAUACUGGUAUUACGGAUACUAAUAUUGCCAACGAGGAACGAAAUAUAAGAGUUCCAGCUUUCCCGGAAACGGAGAUUAAUGUUCCAAGUCCAGUAAGCAACCCUGUCGCAUCAUCCAGCAACAACCCAAACCGAAAAUCUUCUCAGCCUCUUCUUCAUGCGCACCCAUCAUCUCCCACAAACUCUUCUUUCACACCAACGUCUACACCCACGUCCACACCUGUACGCGUACCCACUACGCCCACAACUGUAGUUCAUCCCCUAAAUCGAUUCGUGCGCGCAAGUUACAUCACCUCUGCCUUUAAAGAUGUGGUAAGUGAGGAUGAAGGUAAUGAUGAGAGUGAAGAUGAGAGCGACGAUGAGGAUGAAAUUGAGCAGGAAGCCAGGAGUAGCGAUAAGGGUAAAAGUGUGAGCAAAGAUGAGGAUAGUGUUGAAAGUGUAGAUAUCGAUGAUCCAGUAUCUAUCACCGUUCCUGGAUUUACGUGGCGACGUGGUAUGGCGUCUAUAGCAAAUGUAGAUACUGACGAUGGCUGA